UGUAACUGCCUGUGCUCAGAGAGCGUGAGGGAGAGAGAGAGAGAGAGAACAACUCUCUAAAAAAGGGGUGUGGACUUUAAACCUGGGAGCAGUGAAGAAGUUUUUCCAGAGCCUGUCAGGACGAGAGCUACGAGUGAGAGAGAGCUCUGUCUGGAGAGAGAGCGUGAGAGGGAAGAAGGACAGAGAAACAAGCGUCUGAAGCCUCCUCUCCUCACUUUUAGGUUAGUGUCAGGGUUGCACACGCACAAAGCUUCAGGAUGGGCGAAGAUGCGGUGCAGGCCGAGCGGAGCAGCGUGGUCUCCCCGCACGAGAGCCAGGACCUGGUGGUGCCUACCCCCAGCCCCACCCAGUCCUCCCCCACCCAUAGCCUGUCCCAGCUGGGGGGUGGCAGCCCGGGCGGAGCGGGAGGCGAGGCGGCUGGGGCGGCGGCCGUGGCGACAGCGGUGGCUGGGGGGGGGACCGCGGGUGCGGCCGGCAGCUCCAAGGAGGGUCAGGUGAACGCCAUUACCGUACUCACCCUGCUGGACAAGCUGGUCAACAUGCUGGACACAGUGCAGGAGAACCAGCACAAGAUGGAGCAGCGGCAGGCAGAGAUGGAGAGCGCUGUGCACGGCAUCCAGAGCGACAUGACCAAGCUCUCCAAGAGCCACACCUCCACCUCCAACACCGUCAGCAAGCUGCUGGAGAAGUCGCGCAAGGUCAGCGUCCACAUGAAGGAGGUCAAGGACAAGAUGGACAAGCAGGCCGUGCAAGUGAAGAAGCUGGAGGCCAACCACGCUCACCUGCUGAAGAGGAACAACUUCAAAGUCCUCAUCUUCCAGGAGGAGAACGAGAUCCCUGCCAGCGUGUUUGUGAAGGAGCCUGUGCCGUACCCCCGUGAGGCUGAGGAGGAGGCGCCGGCAGCAGUCGACGUCAACCGCUCCCAGGAGGAGGCAAUGCAGACCAUCAACCUGUCCUCCGACGAGGAGCUGGCGCCUGACGAGGAGGAUGAGGAGGCAGCGGUGGCCCAGGAGGCCGGCGAGCGCCUGGAGCAGUCCCGCGCCGACAGGUUCAAGCGGUCCAGCCUGAAGAAGGUGGACAGCCUGAAGAAGGCCUUCUCACGUCAGAACAUCGAGAAGAAGAUGAACAAGAUCGGCACCAAGAUCGUCUCCCAGGAGAAGCGCGAGAAGAUUAAGAAGAGCUUCACGCCCAACCACCAGAAGAGCCCCAGCUCCAAGAGCUCCUCCUUCAAGGUGUCGCCGCUCACCUUCAACGUCAAGAAGGUGCGCGAUGGCGAGGCCUCACCCCAGCCGGGCAGCUCACCCACCGCCAUGGCCUCCGUGGAGCUGGCGCCACUUAGCAGCCCGGACGAGGACCUGCCCUUCACCGAGGUCCACUCCCACCUGUCCCCGGAGCUAGAGGAGGCCAAGGCUGCCGCCGACUCACUGGAGCAGGAGGAGGAGCUCGCAAGCCCCUCCUCCAGUGGCCUGGAGGCGGAGCUGUCUAUCACGGAGGAUGGGAACCCCGAAUAUGCCCUGUCCGCCACCCUCCCCCAGGAGGACACCCACCCAGCCCUGUCCUCCACCCUCCAUCCUCCGGUGAAUGGCGAGGAGGAGGAGGAGGAGGAGGAGGAAGACGGAGAGAAGGGGAAGGAGAGCCCAUUGGUGGAGCAAGCCUCGUAAUGUCAGCCCCUCCCCUAAACCCACCUCCACAUACUUCCCCACUCCACCCCUCCCCCAUUACCCAGGGUGGGCAUCAGCCUCCUAUACGCACCUCAGAGGACACCCCCCCAGCCCCUCAACCCAGCCAUUCUCCCCCCCCAACCCCCUGAAAGCCCUCAAUCUUCAUACACACACACGCCCCUAUACUCCCCGCACUCCUGUUUAUCUCUCUCUUUGUUGUUCAUCUAGCUGGCACCACUCUGUCCCGCACAGAGAAACACGCUCACGAGGCUAGCCCCCGAAAAACCGAGGCGCUUUGAUGCCCUGCCCGCAUAUUCUCCAGGCAUCCUGGCAGCACGGACUCUCACUCCUCGAUCAAUCUUUACCCCUCCAUCGCCAGGGGACGUGGGCGCCGGCAAGGCCAAAAAAGAUUUGGACUUGGAAAUCUGGAGCACCCCCCCCCUUCCCUAUACACUCCGUUCCCUCCCCCCUCCUGCAGUCUCCUUGGUUGGCCCUCUCUGGUAGAGUACGGGAUUCAGGAUGUUCUGACUCACUCCUUCCAGAUGCGAUUACUCACCCAGGUCUGAUGGCUCUCCAUGCUGAGUAGGUCCUCCAGGCGGGACUGCAGCUCCAUUGCUGCCUCUGUCAACCCGGCCGAGUCAGAAAAAGAAAGCUCAGCCAAUCAGAAAGUGUUGCUAGGCAAAAAAAAAGAAAAAGAAUGAAAAAAAAGUCGGUCUCCUGCUACAGAGCAAGCAACCAUAUUAAUUGAUGGCAAGUAGAAGCAUGAGUCAGCCCCUGUUUCUCCUCCCCCCUCCUGUCGGUCUGCCAUUCUCCCUGUCUGUUUGCCUGAUGGUUCCUCUGUCAGAAAAGUGCUGGCUAGUGUUACUGGGGGAAGGAGGGAGGGGGACGCUCUGCAACAUGUGGCUGUACUCCCUCUGUCUGCACAUUCUGUUGGUUGGCACAGCCCUGGGCGGCGCUCCAUCCAUCAUCCUGGGCCUCCGAGCUGAAUUGAGAUCAGUCCGAAUCACUGCCUAGCCUGCCAGCCCCAUGAGCUACUGCUCAAAAAUGGGCUUAGUGGUGUUUUUUUCAUAACGCCAUGAAGCGCAAAGCCCCGAAACCUGUCUCAAUGUCUGUUGGGCAGCCCUGCUGAUCGUCUCGAGCCCCUGUCAGCAGCAACGUAUCUGCUUUUACCUUUCCUUACCAUGGUCAGUUAACAUGGCUGCCAAGAUGACAUGUGAGAAAGUCUAAUGGUGUCAGAAAGUGAUAUUACAUUUCAGAACUGUCCCACAGUUAACACGGGAUACAAACACAAACUGACAUCUUAGGAUCACAGAAACGUUGCACUUUGUGAAGAAUGUACUUAUGCUGUUGAAAGCAUGCUGCACGUUCAUUAGUCUGUCCAGCCAAUUACACAAUGCUGACUGAGCUAAUAGGAGCAGACAGGAGCCAAGGGGGAAUGGCUGUUGGUGCAACCUUUGCAUUCUUGUACACAUAAUUUCGGGGGGGCAUCAGCAGGGAGUUUUUUCCACAGCCUCAGAGGGAGGAUGCUCAUAGAAUGGUAGCCUCAGGAACGUCCAGGAUGAAAAUUUAACGUCGCCCUCCUCAACAUCGCCUAGUGCGACCGCGUGUGCAAACUCACCCAGACAGCCAUCCCCCAUGUGUCACUUCCUGUCCAGCAGGGACCCAGUGGGACUGUGGGAACUUGAGCAAACACAGGCAAGUAGAGGUCAGGGAGUGAUCUGCUUAGAAAGACCCUGAAAAUGCCAGCGGGUGUCAGUCCAUUAUAUUUAUAAACCUGUAGAUCGUACUUUUAUGGUGUUGUGUCACAAGGAGAGUCAAGGACAGCGGCAACAGAGGGUCCUGGGAGAUCAGAAUUAAAAGUUUCUAUCUAUGGUUAUGAGAUAUGAAGCUCCAAAGUUUUUAAAUGCUGUACAUAUUGUUCUGCAAUGCGUCUGUGAGUUUUAACACACUUUGAAAAAAGGUCAUUUUAGGUGUUAAAGCAAUUGUAUAGCAGAAGGAUAUUACAAAGAGCAUUCUUAUGUUACACAUUCAUUUCAAACAAUAAUGACAGAUAGAACCUUAUAAUUUAAGACCCUCAGGAUAAAUGGACCUGGGCCAGCGCUGUCAGUGCUGCAGAUCUUUCCAGACCUUCGUAUAGUUGUGCUCAUAAUCACAGGUAUCCUGUGCAGGGACACAGUAAGGCAGAAAUAGAUACCUGUACAGAGAGGCAGAGAUACCUAUACCUGCACAGAGAGAGGCAGAUAUGGGUAUUGGAAAACAGUGAGGCAGUGAGAGAUACCAAUACACAGAGAGAUGCCUGUACAAGAAAGGACAGAGAUAUACCUCCACAGGGAAGCAGAAGGAGACAUCUGUACAGAGUGAGGUAGACAGGGGGAUGCAUCCAAAGGAGAGAAAUCUGUACAGGCAGAUACUGGAAAACAGUAAGGCAAUGAUAUCUGUAGAAACAGAGAAACUGGUCAAAAGUGAGGCAGAGAUACCAGCGGAGGAGGGUGGUGUACCUGCACACAGUAAGUGAGACACCUGUACAGACUGAGGGUAAACAGAGGGGCACAGACAGACAGACAGAUACUGGUAAAAACUAAGGCAGAGAUACCAGUAUAGAAAUACAGGUGUGAAGCACAGAGAGAUACCUAUACAGAGAUACAGGCAAACAGUGAGAAAGACAUGUGAAACUUUCGACUAAGCUUUGUCCACUCAUUCCCUCUCACACACAUUUCCACAAUGAAACAUCUCCACAGCACAAAGUGUGUACAGAAGAAGCCUAUGUGACAAUCCAUGGGUCCACACAAUCUGUGACAAUCCAGAGGCCUCCUUUCCUGUACCUACAUACAACCUCAAAGUCAGGGCAGAGAAAUCAGAGCUGAUGACAGGCGUGCUGAAAGAGAAUGAAUUGAGUCCUCACCAGCAGUCCAGUCAAUAUGGCUGACAAACCUACACAAGUCAUAGAGACAGAGAGAGGAAGGGUAGAACUUGAGAGAGAUUCUUCCACAACCAGGAAUCCUAAACUCCACUCCCCCCAUCCCCCUUCAACACACACACACACACACACACACACAUAUACUAUACCUAUUCACAGGUUUAUUUCUGAGUGUGAAAUUCAUCAGCUUCGUGGCAAACCACGCGUCGAGAGGGAAGGGUUCUUUUUGAAAGGUAACGCAUAAAAAAUCAAACAACCACCUUAACAACUCCCCCUGCCAGCCCCCCCACCCCCCCCCCCCCCUUUGCAAAAUUUCAGAGUUUACAAAGGAAGGCAUGCAGAACCAGGAAGUGGGAGAACAUAGGUGGAAGUCACCUGGUUUACAAGUGACGUAAUGCAUCCUUACAAGUAGAAACCAAACACUCAGAGUUAGGCUGCAACCUUGCAGUAGGCGACAGCAGUCAACAAAAAAUAUUUCCACGCAUCUGGACCACAGGGGUUUGUGCUUAAUUAUGUUUUUAUGAACUACUGAAGAUCAUAGAGGGGAGUCUUUAUAAAGCAUGUGUCCAUAUUCUCAAUUACUGCUAGCAAGUCUGUUUUCUGAGUGCCUUGGGUAGAGAUCUGAAUCACAUGUGAAAAGGGAUGAGGUUUUAUUCCAAGUCUUUUAAAAAAAAUUGUCAUUUUUUUAUCUUUAAAUGCUAUUGCAGAUCUGUGAAUUCAUUCUGUAUCUUUCCGGAUGCUAACCAUGCAGAUGACUAAGUAAUAUAUAAAGCGUAUGUUGUCUUUAUAAUCAUAUUUUAAUGAAAAUUAUUAUCACUGAUGCCAAAGAAGCUCUUUUUCCAUGGCAGACAGCUAGUAACCAUGUCCACUGUGAUACUUUGUCUCCCUGUAUUCCUUCCUAUUGUUAUUAAAACACUUUUUUCCAGAAAACUCUUCCAGAAUUUAAAUAAAGAAUUUGUAACACA